UAUUUUUUUUAUUCAAAAAUGGGCGAAGCAUUCGACAGUCUCACUAACGCAUUAUCACAAACACCUCUCCUUCACAGAAACAACAUUCAUCAAACAAAAUGGCUAAACCAAUCCCCCAAAUCCUCGCAUCAAUCCUACUUCUCUCUCUCUGCCGGAUCACCGCCGGCAGCCCCAACACCGCCGUCAAAAGCGUCCUCUGCAACUCCGGCACCUACUCCAAGGGCGACCCCUUCACCGCCAGCCUCGCCUACGUCCUCGCCGACCUCGAGGCCUCCACGCCGUCGCGCCGCGGCUACGAUCUCCGCAACAUCUCCCCCUACCCCAACGCCUUCGCCUACGGCCACGCCGCCUGCAACCACACCCUCGCCACCUCCGACUGCGCCUCCUGCCUCGCCGCCGCCAAAACCGCCAUGCUCGCCGGCUGCGACGCCCGCAUCGGCGCCCGCGGUGAGCUCUACGAUUGCCUUGUCAGAUAUGAACAGUACCCUUUCGAUGACUGAUUUGAUCAUAAUCUGAAUUCGUGUUGGAAUAAUUUUGUGAAUUGAACACAAUCAGAGCUUUGAUUUAUGCAAUUCGCUGCAAAAUUGGAGCACUAAGCUUUACAUUUGUGUAAAUUGGAGAGAAUCAGAGCUUCGAUUCAUACAAUUUGCUGCAAAAUUGGAGCCAUAAGCUUUACAUUUGUGUAAAUUGGGCAGAAUCAGAGAUUUGAUUUAUACAAAAUUGGAGCCCUAAUUACAGUA